CGCAGGAGCGAGGCGGCGGGCCUGUGUUUGGCGCGGCGGCUUCUGGGUAAUCCGACUCCAGAGGGAAGGGAGGAGAAGGCGGCGGAGGGAGACGGGGGGGCCGACGUUACCGCCCGCCCCGUCCGGCCCAGCCGGGCCAGGGAUCAGCCCAGCCGCCGCCAGACAUGGAGUCCCGGCGAAGCCGGAGAUCCGUCGUCGCGCCUGCCUCUUUUCGGUGAUCCGCCGUGGCCUACCCGGCCCCUCCCCCCGCCCGCGGCCGCCCGUGGGGCCUCCGCAGCCCUCCUCACGCCCGCCCGGCGGCGGCCACCGGAAAAUGGUCGGGGUGUAGCGGAACAUCUAGCGGAGCACAGCUUUUCUGGUGGAACAACGAGCUCUGGUAAUGGAACGGACAGGAAAGCUGACCAGAGGAUGCCCAUUUUGCUCUGUCCUGAAGAUAUGGUGAUUCUAUCCCUUACAAAGGGAACGUAAAAACAGCAGAGCUGAGAGGCAUGCUGCAAAGGAUGGACACCAAGGAAGCUGUGUUGGGAACAGAAAGAAAGAAAAAUGAGCAACAUGAACCGUGAAGACCGGAAUGCGCUGCGUAUUAAAGAAAGAGAGAGGCGUAAUCAAGAAAUUCAACAGGGUGAAGAGGCCUUUCCACCUAACUCUCCUCUCUUUGCUGAACCAUAUAAAGUUACCAGCAAAGAAGAUAAAUUGUCUAGCCGUAUCCAAAGCAUGCUUGGAAACUAUGAUGAAAUGGAGGAUUUUAUAGGUGACCGCUCUCUUCCGAAGCUUGUUGGAAUGCCCAAACCAACAGUACCAUCAGCACCAGAUGAAAAAUCAACCCAAAAUUUCUUUGGUGAACAGAGACAUAGUACUGGCUCUCACCAGAGCAGCAAAUGGACGCCUGUAGGUCCAGCGCCUAGCACUUCUUCCCAGUCUCAGAAGCGGUCUUCAGGUUUACAGAGCGGACAUGGCAGCCAGCGCAACAGUGGCAGUAGCACUAGCAGUAGUGGACAGAGACAUGACCGUGAUUCAUAUGGCAGUAGUGGGAGCACCAGUAGCCGGAAAAAAACCCAGCAUGGUUCAGAACACUCAAAGUCUCGUUCUUCCAGCCCUGGAAAACCAUCCACUGUUUCUUCUGUGAAUCCCAGCCGUUCCAGAUCUCAUGGAAAUGAUCACCACAGCAAGGACCAUCAGCGUUCUAAAUCUCCACGAGAUCCAGAUGCCAAUUGGGACUCACCUUCCCGUGUACCUUCAUUUUCUAGUGGCCAGCAUUCUAGCCAGUCUUUCCCACCCUCACUUAUGUCUAAGUCUAACACAAUGUUGCAGAAGCCCACUGCCUAUGUAAGACCCAUGGAUGGUCAGGAGUCCAUGGAACCAAAGCUUUCUUCUGAACACUACAGUAGCCAGACACACAGCAACAAUAUGAACGAACUGAAACCUAGUAGCAAAGCACAUCUAACAAAGCUGAAGAUUCCCUCUCAGCCUCUUGAUGCAUCAGCAUCUGGUGACAUGAGCAGUGUUGAUGAAAUUCUAAAAGAGAUGACCCAUAUUUGGCCGCCUCCACUGACAGCUAUUCACACACCUUGUAAAACAGAACCUUCGAAAUUUCCAUUCCCAACCAAGGAAACUCAGCAGUCAAAUUUUGGCACUGCAGAACAAAAAAGAUACAAUCCUUCUUCAAAAGCAUCCAAUAGCCAUCAGUCUAAAUCAUGUGAAUCAAACCAGCGAGAUGUGCUGAUAAAUGACCUAAUAGUUACCAGUAGUGAAGACAGUGAUGGUGAGCAGGAUUCUGAUAAGACGGUUCCAAGAGGUACACCUGGGAGUAAUUCUGAGCCAUCUCAACAUACAAGUGAAGGGGCGGAUAAUUCCAGGGAUGACUCGAGCAGUCAUAGUGGAUCCGAGAGCAGUUCUGGUUCGGACUCUGAAAGUGAAAGUAGUUCUAGCGACAGCGAGGCCAAUGAGCCAUCACAGAGUGCAACUCCAGAGCCUGAACCACCUCCAGCAAAUCGGUGGCAGCUUGACAACUGGCUGAACAAAGUGAAUCCACAUAAAGUAUCACCAGCUUCUUCUGUGGACAGUAACAUCCCUUCCACACAAAGCUACAAAAAGGAGGGCAGAGAUCAGAGUUCAGGGAGUGGAUAUACAGAUCAAAGCGGAUCUAAAGAUUCCAUUUCUUCUACUCCUGGGAGGGAUUCCAAAGCUGCCCAGAAAGGAUCCGAGAGCAGUCGUGGUAGACAGAAAUCACCUGCUCAGAGUGAAAGUAAUCAAAGGAGGACUGUAGGGAAAAAACAGCCCAAAAAGGCAGACAAACCAUCUGUGGAAGAGCCCCCUAGAGGGGGGCUGAAAAUAGAAAGUGAAACCCCUUUGGACAUGGCAACAAAUAUACCUUCUAACAGACAUAAGGCCGCCACUAAGGGCUCCAGAAAGCCCAACAUAAAGAAAGAACCCAAAUCUUCCCCUCGGCCUACAACAGAGAAAAAGAAAUGCAAGGUUGCAGGUAAAUCGUCCCAGAAAUCCAAGGAAUUUAUAGAAACUAGUACCUCAUCUUCUGAUUCUGAUGAAAAUGAGAGCCUGCCCCCUUCAUCACAAACCCCCAAAUACUCUGAGAGCAAUAGGACUCCUGUUAAGCCCUCCAUGGAGGAGGAUGACAACUUUUUACGGCAAAGAAUGUUCUCUCCUAUGGAAGAGAAGGAACUCCUUUCCCCACUCAGUGAUCCUGAUGAAAGGUAUCCCCUUAUUGUGAAGAUUGACUUGAGCCUCUUAACUAGAAUACCAGGGAAGCCUUACAAAGAUGCAGACCCAUCAAAAGUUGAGAGGAAAAAUGUGUCUGAGAAGCAUCCCAGAGAGCCUCAGAAAACAUCUUCGGACAAAACUUCCACCAAGGGCAAGAGGAAACAUAAGAAUGCAGAAGAAAACCGAGCUAUUGAAAGCAAGAAAACAAAACUGGAUGAAAAACCUUCAUCUGUUCACAAGACUUCCAGUAAUAGAGAGUCCUCAAAGCAAAGUGCUGUUAAAGAGAAGGAUCUUCUCCCUUCUCCUUGCGCCACCCCAGCCAUCCAGAAAGAUUCCAAGCAAGAGCACGUCUCUCGGAAAAGAACCAUCAGUCAGUCUUCUUCCUUGAAAUCGAAUAGUAACAAUAAUAAGGAAGGCGGCAGCAGCAAAAGUAGCUCAUCGAAACAAAAGAAGACUGAAGGGAAGUCUUCUAGCAAUUCUAAGGAAACAAAGGAAAAGAUUUUAAAUAAUUCUUCAAGCUGCUCUUCUGCCUCCACUACAACUGCAGAUAGCUCAAAAUCCCGGAGGGCAAAAUUAGUGUUUGACGACAGGACUUACUCAGCAGAUCAUUACUUACAGGAAGCAAAGAAGUUAAAGCACAAUGCUGAUGCAUUGUCUGACAGGUUUGAGAAAGCUGUGUUGUACCUUGAUGCUGUAGUGUCAUUCAUUGAAUGUGGGAAUGCAUUGGAGAAGAAUGCUCAGGAAUCAAAGUCCCCGUUCCCUAUGUAUUCUGAAACAGUGGAGUUGAUCAAGUACACUAUGAAACUGAAGAAUUACUCAGCACCAGAUGCUGCUGCUGCUGACAAAAGGCUAGCAGUACUGUGUCUUAGAUGCCAGUCCUUGUUAUAUUUAAGACUUUUCAAGCUGAAGAAGGAAAGUGCGUUGAAGUAUUCCAAGACACUAACUGAGCAUCUGAAGAAUUCUUACAAUAAUUCUCAAGCUCCAUCACCUGGUAUGGGAAGCAAACCAGGCAGUAUGCCCUCUCCAGUCUCUCCAAAGUUGUCUCCGGGGAAUUCAGGAAGCUACUCUUCAGGGUCAACCAACCCUCCAGGAAGCACUUCUUCAGUGACUAUUCCACAAAGAAUCCACCAGAUGGCAGCCAGCUAUGUCCAAGUUACUUCUAAUUUUCUGUAUGCCACUGAAAUUUGGGACCAAGCAGAUCAGCUUGCCAGAGAGCAAAAGGAAUUCUUCACAGAGCUGGAUAAAGUUAUGGGCCCUUUGAUCUUUAAUGCAAGUCUCAUGACAGAGCUAGUACGUUACACUAGACAGGGACUACACUGGUUGCGUUCAGAUGCCAAGUGAUACCGGGACUGCUGCAGAAAUCUUAAAUGUAGAAGACACUUUUCUUGCUGCCUCUGAUUUUUUUUUUCAACACUGUGUCAUAAAAAUAAGGAAGACUGCCAUAAUGCAUUGCUUAGUGGAAAAUAUGAUUAAGGAAUGCUUUCAUACGUCUCCCAGCAUCAUGUAUGUGAGAACUUGAAUAUCACGUCUUUUUCAUUUGUCCCCUUUUUAAGAUAUUUAAAAUAUUUUAAACUCUGCAACAUUUUAAUAUAAUAUGGAUUCAUUAAGCUGCAAUUGGAUAGAAAUUCUAGUGAUUAUGCCUAACAGAUCUGUUUAAAACUUAUUUAUUUUAAUUUUUUUAAAGAAAGCUCUGUUUUGGGGCUGUAAAGAUUUAGCCGUGUUUUCCUAUAAAUUUCCCCUAUCAAGUACUUAGUGGAGAUUAAGUGUAGACACUUUAUUUAAGUAUUUUGUGAACUUUGUUAUUCUGUAAUGUCUUGUGGUAGUAGAGCUUGUAAAAGAAAUAAGGGUUGAUAGAUUCUAAAAUAUAGGGACACAUUUUCAUGAAUAUCUGACUCAACCCCUAAAUGACAGCCACAGUUUUACGAUUAUGCUAAGUAUUAAGUUCCAAGGAUAUUCUUCUAUCCAUUAAGCCAUCUUACUGAAAUGAAAUAUAAAGCUGAAAGGAAAAUUAAUUUCAAAAAUCAUGUCUUAACACUAACAAUCACAAAACAUUACAGGAAGUUGCAUUUGAUGCAAUGUCAGUGAUGUGGAUCACAAUGAGUUUCAGUCUCCAGGUGUGGACUAGAAAUUGUUUCAAAUAGACAAUCUUAUGCUUUGUGCAGCAUCUUUAUUUCCUUGCUUGUCAUUGUUAGACACUGAAGCCACUAACUUUAAUGCUUACAUGGAACUGAAGCUUAUCUCUUUUCCAGCGCUUAGCCAGAAAACAUGAACAGUGUCUUCUGUUGAACUUGAGUAUGCAGUGGGAAAGAUGGGGUAGAAAGUAGGCCUAUGAUUACAGGGACAUUGUAAACUGUUCUUCCCAGUUCAUUUAAAAUUAGUUUUACUCUCACUUUUUUUACAUUGUCAUUAAUGUUAAAUGUUCAUAAUGAGAAUAGUUUAUUAAUUUUAAAAGGAAAUAACUGUGAUCAGCAAGAAUCCUCCAUGGAAUUCUAAAUGACUGCUUUAAUGUUUCUAACCAAAGUACCUUUCCAUAGAAGGUGCUUUCCUGAGGUAAAAAAAAAUUCUUACUGUCCCUAUCAAGUCUGGUGUGCCUUAUGCCUUUUUAGAUGAAGAUUUUGAGUACUGUUUACAAGAGGUUUACAUGUAGGACCCAGUAUAUUGUGUCCAGUUGGUCUCCUGCAGUACUUUGCUAAAAUUCCACUUCCUUUCCCCUAAUACUAGUGGCUGUCAUUUUCGGCAAUACAUCUUGGUUGUCUUUUAGAGUCAAACUCUGAACCCCUUCAAUGUGGGAUUGUGGAAUGCUGCUUUACCUGCCCUUGUCCCUGAAUCCUGUCCCGGAUACGAACGUGCAUGUUCAAGAAAACGAUUGCACUAAAUUUAUGUCUAGCUGUGUAGCUAUGUGCCAAAAUGAUGGCGUCCUUUGAAAGAAGGAAUAGAAUUCUACAUUAGUACUGCAAUAUGUCCUUAGGAUGUUAAGAAGCUUCAUUACUUAUGGUAACUUCAGUGAAUAUAGGGCCUUGUAUUCUGAUGUGGUUUUUACUUCCAGAGAGUCAUAAAUCCAACCCCCAAACUUGGAAUAGAUUCAUUUGAAUCGGCACCCUUUGGGUUUGAAUUCAUAAUCAAUAAUAAUGUUUCAUGUUGCACUCUACCCAUAAGAAUACACUGAAAAAGUGGAUAAAAAACUAGUCAUAUCUAUUCCUACUGUGUGGAAUUCCUACUAUUCCUACUAAAAAGCUUAGUAGUAGAUCUUAUGCUUUGCCUGCAAAAAGUUCCAGGCUCAACCAAUAGCAUCUCCAGUUAAAUUAUCUCCAAUAGCCUGUGCUACGAAAGACCUUACUUUACUGGAGAGUUGUUGCCAGUCAGAGUAGACAAUACUGUAUUAAAUGGACAAAGGUAUAAGGCAGCUUCAUAUGGCACAUUGCAUCAUAAACUGAAGAGUGUUCACUCUAUAAACAUUUGCUAUGUGAAGUCCAAGGCUUGGUUAAACAAUGAGGGAAGGGGCUGUGACUCAUGGUUGAAUUUCUGUUCGGCGUACAGAAGGUUCCAGGUUCAAUCCAAGACAUCUUACCAAUAAUAAAGCUCUAAGGGAUGGAAUGUCCGACGACAAACCCUCCACCAAUAAGGGAGCAGGACUCAGUGAGUCUUGCUUCCUUAUUGGUGGAGAGUUCGUCGACAGACAUUCCAUCCCUGCCCUGGAGCAGCAGUGCCUUUCUGCCCCUGCUCCAGGGCUUCAAAAGCCCCCUUGCCCUCCCCCACCCACAGCAAGCUCUCCCAGCCUCUACCUGCCCUCAUCCCCUAUCUAGGCCUUCAGUAUUUCUUACUCUACAGCAGACUUUACUGCUAGUCUCCGGAUAAAAGAAUUGGGUAGUAGGUGAGCCUGGAGAGCCAUUGCCAGUCAGAGUAGACUCUGCUGACCUUGAUGGACUGUUCAGUAUAAGGCCGCUUCAUGUGAUUCAUGAUUAGUACAUCCAAAUAUCUGUAUUUAAAUUGCUGCGUUUCUUACAGUGUGUGCACAAUGUGUGCUUCAUAAAGUUGAAAUUGUUCCACUGGCACACAGUUCAUUGCAUUCACAGGCUGGGAGAGUUCUGGACUUUAUAUUUGAAGUAGUUUUAAAACUGGGGUAUUUUUAUGUCCCUUGGCUCCAAAAGGUACAGCCCAUGUAUUCCAGCUUUAAUCCAUAGGGCGGUUACUUUUUCCUUAAUGUUCAGAAGUGCCUGGCACAGUAUCAUGUUGAAGCCUCUAUCUACACUGUUAAGAGCUGGAUUAUAUAAGCUCUUUUGCUGUGUAGUGUUGCAGUGAUCUGCAGAGUGGUUUGGCUUGCUUUUGUAUCCAGUUACUAUUCCUGUCAGUGUGGAUGUCUGUCUUUCCUCAGCCCUUUGUUUUGAAAGAAUCUUGUUUUAAAACUUAAGUCCAUAGCAUCACAUUAGAAUUUAAAGAGGGAAAAAAACUUCUCCAAAUGAUUCUUGAAUAAUGGUCUGUUUAAUAAUAAAUCUAGCAAUGCCUCUCUACUUUGUGGACCUAAGGAAGCAUACACUAUCUGUUCCAAUAUGUGCCCUCCUGAGAUAUUAUCUGUAUGCUCUAAAUAAAUGAGUAGUACUUUGUUUCCUAGUAGUUUUUAAUCAGUUUUAUAGGAAUCAACAGAUAAAAGGCCAUCUAAUGUACUCUCAAUUCCUUUUUUAUUGAAGUACAUUAAUAUUUUGCCAGACUUUAAAUACUGCAGUGAAAAUUGUUGUAAACUUCUACUUUUCUUUCCAAAAGCAAGUGAACAACCUAAGGCUGCAAUGCUGAUAAUGCACUUACCUGGGAGUAAGCCCCCUGGACCAUAAUAGGACUGGCUUCUAAGUAGAAAUACAUAGAGUUAUGCUGCAAAUCUGCCCUUAAAAUAAGGAAGCAUCUCUUGAGAACUGUCAUAAUUUGUGCGAUUGUCUUCAUUUUGAAAAAGAUUGCAUUGUUAAAUAUAAGGGGUUAAUGAUUGUGUGUUACACAUAUCAGUGUUUGUAGUUCAUCCCAGUGGUGAGCCUUUAAAAAUGGCUUAGUGGUCAGACUGAACUUGCUCAGGCGUUCACGUAAUGUUGAAUUUACCAUCAGCCUUGCAGCGUCAUAGGAGAGCAAAUCAUGAACAGUGUGUGAGAUCCACCAGUGAGGUUUUGUGGAUAUUGCACCAAGCUGCUGGCAGUGGGUGUGAAAUACAGUGCAGCACAAAAAGUUACAGAAGUUGAUUCUGUGGGUUGGGAAUGAAGGGGAAAUUACAUACGUCCCAAACUCAAGCAAAAUUCUGAUGGCAAGUCCAUAGGAAUCAUGGACUUGCAGACACUUGGCUACUUCAUUUUGUAUCUUAAAUUGAACAUUCAGGGUACCAGACCAAGGUGACCCACAUGUUCAGUGUGAUUUAAAUCUCUUGGCUGCAAAGCAGAGCUGACGGCUCUUGAUCUUUAACAGUAGUAUGCAAUUUGUAAUGUACAUGUUUCUAAUACAUAUAUCUACAUACAUAUAUAAAUGAAUGAACUCAAAUCUGUCCAAAGUUUGUGUUAGAUUAUAGUGCAGCUGACUAUCUUGUUAUAUUUAAUGACUCCUGAGCCAUCCUCAUUUUGGUGGUGGUGAUAAAUUUUUCAUAUACAGAGUGCUUUGAGUUUAUUAUAGAGCAAUGAGGCUUAAAUGCUGUGAUUUUAUACAAAAUUACCCCUGUAAUGUGUGUUAUGAUCAGCCACUGCAUGUAUGGAGUCUAUGGAUAUAACUGAAUGCUUGCCAAGCGCAAGUAAAACACAACUUUCAGAAGAUAACUGUUUAGUUUGCCAAAUUUGGCAGCUAAAGGGAAAGACUACCUUUUGGUGUAAAUAUAGUUUUCCCUGCACUGUAAAGUCUGCAGUAUUUGUACUGAAGUGGCUUAGAUGAACCUGAGCAAGUCAAGAUUGAAUACAUUUUAUCCAUAGAGGAGUAAAUAGCAUCCAAACCAUUUGGUAGAGUCCUAAAUGGCAAAUAUUUCAUAAAUAUUUGGAUCAAGGACUAAAUGACUUUAAAUUGAGUGGAAGCAGUAUUGCAGAAAAUUGUGGUUUUUCAGUAAACAUUAAUGUUGAAUAUCUUUUUCAACAAAGUGUAGCCAUAGCCUUUAUGAGUGAGCUCUAUUAAUCAAUUUGUCCUUUCCUGAGACAAUUUCCAAGAGAGAGCAAUGCAGCUUAACAAUACCAAGUAUUGUAUUGGAUGAUUCUUGGGUGUUUGUCACUUUAAUGUAGCAGUGAUGGGCCAUUAGAAGAUUUUCACUGGUUUGAGACUAUCCUGGAAAGUUCAGACAUUGGUUGAUACAAAUAUGCUUCCCCCCCCUUCCCUAAAGGGAUACUUUUUAGCUCUUGUCAGCUCAUCUGAGAUUAAAGAACUUGGUUGAAGACAUCUGAACCAACUGCUGCAGCUCAGAUAAGGGCCAAAACUGAUAUAACAUUGACUUCACUCCUCAAUCCCAUCAGUCAAUGCAUUGGCAAAACAUCUGUACCUGGUACAGUUCACAUAACCGUACGAACGGAUUCUGGCAGAUUGGUUUCACAAUGUUCCCUUUCUGUUUCAAGAUGGUUGCAUUGAAAUCUCCGAGAACUUGGCUUCUGCAAGCACAGUUGCUGAUGUUUGUAUCUGGUUCCCCUUUUAAAUGGUUUUAAGAAGUUUUGUAUAUGGAGGAUAAAGUGCUUAUAUAUUUAUUAAAGAUCCUUUAUCUUAUUUGAAAUUAUUUGGUAAAGCAGGUUUUUCUUUUCUUUUUUGUGUGGGGGGGUAAACUUUAGAAGUGGGACGGGGGGAGGUUUUUUUAAACAUGUAACUUAUCAAUUAAAAAAAACCCCUUGUUGAGCAUGCAGCUUGGUACUGAUCAUGAGUGGCAGGAUGGUUCACUGUCGUAUGCUUUGUACAUGACAUGUCCAUGUCUUAUAUGUUUUGUAACUUACCAACCUAUUUAGUCAUCUGUUUUCAACCAAAACUAAACUGAAAAGAAAACUGUGAUUUCCCCCCCUUUGCAAUACAUUUGAAAUUUCAAAAGGGUACUUUGGGACUCCAGAUUAGGAUUUCUAAGUCAGUAUGUGCAUUUCACGUAUGUUAAUGGUGAGCAAAGUAUUAUAUACUAACUAGAUUUUUUUUCCACAUCUGUAUAGUAUAUUCUAUGUAUUUUGUGGUAUUGAGAUUAUAGAAAGUUUAGUGUCCGAAAUAUGCGUUUAAUGUGUAUUUUUAAACAAAUUUAUGGCAAUUAAAUAUUUGGAGAAAAGGGUAUCACAUUUCAAUUUGUAAAGAUCUUUUUAACUACUGUGUCAUUAAAAUGCUUUGUACAAUGCAAAACUGUAACUGGAGAAACUAAGUUUAAUAAAUAUCAAAUAGAUUUUCUGUA